AUGACCCGAACUCUUUCAAACCGAGCCUGCGAUCAAUGCCACAAUUUGAAAGAAAAAUGCCGACGGCCUGAUGCAACAACGCCAUGUGAGAGAUGUGAACGGCUGAAUCAGAAUUGUCAAACGGCUCGGAAUCGCGCAAAAGCCGGCCGAAAACCUCGAGGUUCAAAGAGAUUGUCCUACAAACUUCCCACUUCCAGUCUCAGCUCGGAUUUCAACAGCCUGGUGACAAUUAACACUGCGAGCUCCCCGCACACUCCGUAUCCACAUUUCUACCGCCCGCUCAACGAUGGAUUAGGAAGUAACCCGGUACUUUUCCCAGACCUAGAUCAAUGGGAGAGGCAUUUCCUGAAUCUCAUGAAAGACAUUGUUGCGCCAUCUCCUCUUGACAAAUACCUUAUCGGGCCGAGUUUCCACGAGUCGCACCACCGUUCAUUCGUGCAGAAUAUGCUCAGACCAGCUCCCGUACUCAAGAAUGCCGCAGUCGCCUGCGCUGCAGUGCUUUUUGGCGAUCAGUAUGCUCAAUAUACGAAGACUAGUAUUGAAGUCGGCCACCGAAGAGCUGCAUUGGCUGUCUCAGAGUUACGAUCGUUGAAAAUAUCCGAAGAACAAGACUUGAUUACAGCCUUGGUACUUGGCGUGGCAAUGGUCACAUUUGCUAUGCAUGUUGCAGAUGGACAGCCCUUUAUUAUAUCACAUUACACGCUCGUCCUUGUGAAGCCGGUUUACUCAUCUCUCUUGGCUAUGGAUCCAAGCAUAAUGGAUUUCUUGAUGUGCCUUGUCAGCACUGAGACAUUCGAAUGUCUUCUCAGAUCAGAAAUACCAACACUUCGGAUACACGAACAUGAUCGUCGAAAUGUUGUUGACCGCUACCUUGGACUGACUUCGUCACUUUUCGCCCAUUUGUAUGAUAUAUGCGAGGUCAGCAAUAUGCUCCGGGAGACGGGUGGAUUAGAGAGCAUGAAGAUCGAUCAACGAGUGAAAGAUAUCCAAGAAUCUUUGAAUCAAUGGCAACCAUCACCGCCACCGGAUUUCCUGGAGCGUUUUACCCAGGCUGAAGUUUUUGGAAUGCUCGCCCAGGCCAAGGUCCUUCGUCUCGCUGCUUUGCUAAUUGUACAUCGAUUAUAUCAUCCUUUUGGGCAGUGUGACAGAGAGGGACUUAUACUCUCUAGAGCCAUUACUAUGGAAUUUGAUACAGUGUUUCAAUUUGUCGGGCACUCGAUGCCAUGCACGGCACUCGCUUAUUUGGUAGCGUGUUUUGAAAUUACCGGAGUGGAAGCGCGAGCGGCGGCUAUUGACAAGAGUCAGCAUUUUGUGACCUUUUCCAGACAGUCGCAGGUUCGAUUUCGGAAGUCCUUACUCUCAGUGUGGAACGCAAAGGAUCUCGGAAAUCAAAUAUAUUGGUUUGACCUAGGCCAUUAUAUACAAAGGACUAGUUCUGGAUCAACACAAGGGUAA